AUGGUGAGCCCAGGCAGGGGUCACCGGGUGACUUCCAGCCUCGCAUUCCCGGAGGGAUGGUUGCCUGGGCUGUACCCUGGAAGGCGGGAGCCGCCGGGCCACCAGGUACUAGAAGUCUGGCUGCUGCUGGGCGCGACUCCAGCCCCGAGGGCACCCAGGCCAGCUGUCGGGUUCGCGGUCCUUGGGGACCCAGCGGCAGAGCCGCGGGCUCACCUUAGAUCUCCGGCUAGUCGUGCGGCGGGCCCAAAGUGCCGCGUCCCUCGGGGACCCGGUCCGCGCGCGCGUCGCAGGAGGCGUGGAGACAGUCCUGGUUUCCGAGUGUCAGUCGCACAGCGGAUGCCCAGGAGCGCGCAGGAGCCGGGCAAGUGUCCCGGAGCCCGGCGGGGCGCGCCGCCGCUGAUCACCGCUCGAGCCCGCUGUCCCCCGCCUCCCGCCGCCCCCUCCCGCCGCCCGCACUCGGGCGCAGCCCGCGCGUCCCUCGCCCCAGCAGUGCGCGCUGCCCAGAGCCGAGCAGAGCGGGGCGGCGCGGGCCCCCGCCCUGGGCCGGGCUUUCCCAGAACUCGCCCGCGGGGUGAGAGGCCGCGAGCGCCGCCGUGGGCCGCUGGGCGACCAGGGGAGCGGCUAGUGCCUGACCCGCCCCCGACUCUGCCGCACUGGACCCGCCCCCACCACCCUGCCAUCCCGCCCUGGCAGUCCAAGCGACCCUCGCCUGGCCCCCUGGCCAAGGCGCCCAGGAGUCGCUCUCUGGCUCAGACCCAAGAGGGAGGCGGCUACAGCUGCGCCGGGUCACCCUGCUCCCGGGAGAGAGGGAACUCUGCACACCUCAGGGGGCUAGAGGUCCUCUGGCACUGUCUCCCAUCCUGCAGACCACCUAUGAGUGACAGACUCGGAAACUGA